AGAAAGACGGCACGCAAUCAGAAAAGGCACCAACAUCUGAAUCGUCAACGAGUAUAAAACGGAAAGGCAACAUUACCUCUUCAGCCGCCAAAGAGAAAACAUCCAAAUAGAGCUGUACCUGACCUGUUUUCGACCCUGAUGACGUAGCCAAGUCAGUGAAUCAUGAGCAAGUCUGAGAUCCCCAGAAGACUAGAUACACUAGUAAAACGGAAAGCCGCACGUGAUUACUCCCAGGCAGCCUACAAACUCCAUAAAGCUAGCAUGGAAGGGGAUCUGGCAGCUGUGAAUCGGAUCCUGGCAGCAGGUCUGGUUGACAUCAACAGUAGCAACAUCGGCGGGAGGACGCCGUUGAUGGAGGCAGCACGAUGGGGACGUAGUGAAAUAGUACAGUUUCUUGUGAGGAAAGGAGCUGAUGUUUCGCUUGUGGACGAUGACGGCAACAACACCCUUCACUGGGCUUGUGAUGGAGGAUAUAUGGAUACGGUGAAGUUUGUCCUCUCACAGAACAUCGCGGAAAUCAACGCUAGGAACGUGGAUGGGGAGACAGCGGCCGACAUGGCGAGAUUCUGGGGAUAUCAGGAAGUAGUGGAUCUCCUGGUGUCGAGUGUCGAUCAGUGAAGUGAUUGUAGUGUUUGUGUUGACAUUGAAGAAGGACAUGUUGUUACAGACAUUGACGUUGCGUGUGCCGUUCACGUCCUCGAGUUUUCCAUUGCAGACUUAGGUGAGAUUGUUUGUUGUUUUUGAGGAUCUCCAUGCAGGUAGCAGAUGUACUGUAAGAUCCAAUGGUCUCCAGUGUCGUCGCGUUACCUUGAUUACUGGCAAGCUAUACCAUUUUUUACAGUUUCAUGCUAGUUAUAAAUACAAAUAUGUGAUACGCUAGUUAUUUUACUGUCCACUGUCAAUUUUGUUAUCUAAUAAUGCCCCGUUCACAGGCACUUUUAUAUGUAUGUGUAUAUUCGCAUACGUGUGUAAAUAUAGGGACGUAAGUAUACUUGUCAUAUGAACGCGUUUACUCAUGUCCAUCUAUAUAAACCAGGACCAAAUUUGCCCAUGUCUGGAGCAGGUGCAAAUAUAAAUUUACUUAUAUGCAAAUUUUGGCUGAAAAUAUGUUGUCAUCUGAACGUAAAUUCCAACGCCAAAGGACGAUCUUAUUCAUAUAUAUGUUGACUUGCCUACACCAAACAAAUUGGCAACAGUUCUGUUGGCGCCCCCGAUGCCAGCAAACCCAGAGACUGUAGAGAAGAAAUAUAUAGACCUUGUGAAGAAACAUUAUGUCUUCUGACAUGUAAGCAGGGAUAGACUUAACAUAGGAAUGCCUGUUUUCAUAAACUUGUAAAUGCUGUCAU